CCUCCAUUGUUUGGUGAUGAAGAAGGAAAUCCUCUAAAGACCAAAUAACCGGCCAAACUGCUGAAGAGCGAACUUAAAGUGCUUUGCUUGUCCUACUAUCGAGUCAAUUCGACACACAACUUGUGAAUCAAAAUGUUGUCAAUCCUGCGAAAAGCCCGACUCAAGGACAAAGAAAUGCGAAUUCUUAUGCUCGGACUGGAUAAUGCUGGAAAAACCACAAUCGUCAAGAAGGUUAUGGGAGAGGAUGUCAACACCGUAAGCCCAACAUUAGGUUUCAUCAUCAAGACGAUUGACUACGAGGGAUACAAAUUAAACAUCUGGGACGUGGGUGGGCAGAAAACGUUGCGGUCAUACUGGAGAAACUAUUUCGAAAAGACAGAUGCUUUGAUCUGGGUUGUUGACGCAACAGACCGUUUACGCAUCCAAGACUGUAGAGACGAGCUUCAAGGUUUGCUCUUAGAAGAGCGUCUUGCGGGGGCAAGUCUGCUUGUUUUUGCCAACAAAACAGAUGUCGAGGGAUGUAUGACGGAAGAAGAGAUUCUCUCAGAGCUACAGCUGGAAUCGAUACGGACACAUCGAUGGCACAUCCUGCCAUGCAGCGCUAUGACUGGAACCAACCUUAAAGAAGGCCUAUCAUGGGUUGUGGAGGAUGCAAAGAAGCGACUAUUUCUCUACUAAACGAGACUGGCUCAACCAAAUAGUUCCUGUUGGCCUCACAACAGGAAGUCCUUUUGCAAAAGCAACAAACAAACCACAGAGUGUGGAUAGCCGUGAGACUUGGAAGCAAGCAACUAGCCGUAUCGCAUAAGAAAGUCAGCUAGCUUAAACGUUGAAACCCGAUACAAUAAACUCGUUACGCCGGGCAACGUAAAACGUCCCGCAAAACUCUCCAGCACGCAAUCUUUACAGGCCUCUCGCCUAGCGAAGCGCAGGGGAGCGGGAGAGCAUCACCAAGUGCCGCGUGCAGCUUGUGUUAACCUUACAAGGUCGUAUUGUCGAUCGGGAAAUCUGAGAUAACCUGCUUGUGUGGUCUGAGGCAUGAGAAGAGCAAGAUACGUACUGCUCACUUUGGUAGACGAACCAAGAUGUGACAAGGUUUAACGGAUUCAAGCCAUGGUUUGGGUUUGUUGUUGUAGUGGAUCGCCCGUGGGGAAAAGUUGAAAGUAAACAAAGGAUGACGUUUGAUAUUGGUUCUUUUGUUUAUAGCGCAUAGGAAUACAACAUGUGAGCUGGGUGAGGCUGAGUUCAGGCUGCCUGUGAUAGCAAUUG